GGCGCUGUGUUGGAGGAGCUGCGGGACUGUGCGGAAGGAAGCAGAUGACACAGCAGCUGCGAUGAAAACCCCCACAAGUUGCGCGGAACUCUGAGGAAAGCUGAAGCUUCAAAGGACGCAGGCGCUGGACCUCGAGAUGUUGGGAUCGUCCGGCGCUGAAAACACGCACAUGAUGCACAUGGAGUGCAUGGAUUAAAUAGGACACCCCAGUAAAGCAGGACAGGUGCGCAUCUGUGGCCCAGAUGAAGUGCUUGCUGAUAGCCAGCGAGAGCGCCGAGGUCCUCUUCCACUGGACUGACCCGGAAUUCCAGCAGAAUAUCCAGGAGCAAUAUGGGGCAUCUCAGGAGGAGGGCCAGGGGCUUCCAGCCUUCGAGGACAGCAUCAGCACUCUGUUCGCUCCCAUCAUUAUCUCCUGCAGCACCAUGGUGGACAGGCUGGGUGACAGCUACACCUCCUUCACCACAGAAAACAACCAUAUCUACAUCCUACACCAGUUCGACGAGUGUCUCUACAUUGCUGUGAAUGGAGAUGGCGAGGAGGGAGAGGAUGACCUGAGGAGGAAGAUCUAUGUGAUGAAGAAGAUGAUUGAAGUCCUGUUUGGCAUGGUGACCCUCAGCGGUAAACUCCUCAGAAAAGAACUGCGCCCUCAGGACACAGAGCAAAGAGCGAGGCUGUGGAAGCAUCUCCAGAGCCUGCUGGAGACCUACAGCCACCUCCGAGAGAAUGACCAGAGCUUCUUAGUGGAGGCAGUGGAGAGGCUGAUCCACCCCACGCUGUGUGAGCAGUGCAUCGAGUUCCUUGAGCGCCGUUUAGUUCAGCAGCUCAACAGCAGUGUAGAGAGAGCAGGGGAGGAGGUGCUGCAUGCAUUCAUCCUGGUUCACACCAAAUUGCUCGCCUUCUACUCCAGCCGCAAUGCAAGCACACUUGCCACCUCAGACCUGCUGGCCCUCAUCAUCAUGGCACAGAAUAUGUAUCCUAGCAACGUAGACCUGGAUGACCCAGGUCCUGAGGAUGUUGAGAGUACGUCAGGUUCAGGUCCUGAAAGUUUCUACACCCCAGAACCGUCCCCUACAGACAGAGACUCAAAUGGUUCAGACAAGCCAGUGAGAGGAAGUACCCCUGUGUUUGAGUUUAUGGACCCAGACAUCCAGAUGGCAGAAGACAGCUUACAGACUCUGGAAGUUCCUCCACCUGACCCUUCAACCCCUCGCAGGGUCUUCUUAGAGGUCUCAAGCAAAGAUGGGAUAUAUCCCAUGAUGCCUCACUCUAUGUACUGCCUGCCACUGUGGCCUGGAAUCACACUAGUGCUGCUAACUAAGAUUCCCACCAAUGCAGUAGCCACAUCAGUGUAUAAGUUUUUGGAAGCAUUUGCCAAGCUGGAGAGGCGUUUAAGUGAAGGCCAAGAAGGCUCUGCUGCCACCAGAGGCCAGCUGACUAUACACGACAUCCGUGGCAAACUGGAUAAAUUCAUUAAAGCCCUGGGGCCCAGUGAGUUACAGUCUGCACAGCUGCAAAAUGUCUGGACAGAGUUCAAGAACCGAGCCUUCGCCAGAGGAGGAUCUGGGUUCAACAGAGAUCUUAUCCCAUGGUGUAAGAAUAUGAAGACCCAGCUGUGUGGCAUAUACCGACAGUGUUUUCUUAUUGAAGCUGGACCGGCUGACAUUCCUCAGCGUCUCUCCCCAGGUCUGCAGGAACGAGCCCAGACCAUGGUGCAAGAGAAACUGAUGGACUGGAAGGACUUCCUGUUGGUGAAAAGCAAGAGGAAUAUCACCAUGGUGUCUUACCUGGAGGAUUUCCCAGGCCUCAUUCAUUUUAUCUGCGUGGACCGAUCCACCGGUCAAAUGAUUGCGCCGUCUCUCAACAUCACAGAACGCACCACAUCUGAGCUGGGGAAGGGACCACUGGCUCAGUUCAUCAAAAGCAAGGUGUGGAGCCUGGUCAGAACAACACGCUGCUUUCUCCAGAAGGGCUACUCCACUGUCACAUUACGUGAUGGAGAUUUCUACUUCUGCUACUUCCUGUGGUUUGAAAAUGAAACGGGCUACAAGUUAGAGGCAGGGGACAUACCCAUCCUACCUGAUGACUCUGCCCCCAUCGGGAUGCUUGCCUGGGACUACUACAGCAGGAAGCUGCUGCGGUACUACAGUAAGAAUCACCAGGGUGAGGUGGUGAAGUGCUACGAGCUGCUGACAGUUCACCUGGGGGUCAUCCCCACCGAGAUCAUCCUCCAGCACUGCAGACAGCUGGCAAGCAAACUGUGGGAGCCUUCGCGCAAUCCGCUGCUGUAGUCGCACCCACGCGCUUGAACUGAGUCACAGUAGCCUCACUCUCUCAUUUCUCUCACUCGCUAUAUGUACUGUGUCCAGUGCCUGUGGUCCGUGUUUCCAAAAUUUUCACAGUGUAUAAGGUUAUGUAUCGUAUGAUAGGGUGACCUAAAAUUAUUUCUUGGAAGCAGUUGUUUCUGAUCAGCACAAUCGAACACCGUUGUGCACUUAUGCACUAUUUUGUGUCUCGUACGAAGUAUAUUGACGAUAUCAGUCCUUUAUUUUUGUAGAUUGUAAUAUAUAAAUAAAUAUUCAUUUAUGACCUGCUCCCUAUUUAUAAGUAAUAGUAUAGAUGGUUGCACUGUAUGUGGGAUUUUUUUUUUUUUUUUCACUUUUUAAAAUUUGCAGCAGAUUGAUUUUUUUUUUUUUAUAAAUGCAGAUAUUGUCUAUUCACUACUGCAAGUGUCAAACCUUAUAUGAAUGAAACAUGCAACAGUAUUUACGAUACGUCUCUCUUAAUCCACAUUCUUUUUGGAAACAAUAAAUAUCAAUAGUUUCAUAUUCACUUUUUAUUGAGUCACUGUAAACAUAAUUAAAUGUGUGUUUGAACCACA